GGCAGGUGUGCGCUGCGGGGGAUGUGCGCAGGCCAGAGAGGGGAUCCUAAAAUUCAACUUAUUCAGCACUGACAAGCAGGGCACAGUCCGUACCGCUGUUCCUGGGGGCUCUUCAGCAAGCUUUCUGCUGGAUUUGCACUGAUUCAUGCACAUCACGUUUAGCAGAACUGAAAGAGGUGCAGAGGACCUUAGCGCUUCAAACUACAGUCUGUAGUGGACGGAGCUCCAGUGGUCGGCUUAGGCUGUGCUUGUAUGGAUGGGAAUGGGAGCAAGGGCCGCAUGCACUGACCACACCCGGAUCACAUGGAAGCAUCACGUUUACGUUAUUCUACUGCUUGGUCUCCUUUUAUCCACACAAGCAUGGGCCCAGUGUAGGAUCCUGAGGUGCAACUCGGAAUUCGUGGCCGCCACCUUGGAUCUGGGUGGAAGCGCCGGCGGAAAGGAGGGAGGAAACGGCGGCUACUGCAGCGCGCUACGAUCCUACGCCAUCUGCACCCGCCGCACGGCCCGCGCCUGCCGCGGCGACCUGGCCUACCACUCUGCCGUGCAGGGCAUCGAGGACCUGCUCAUCCAGCACCGCUGCCCUAAAGCGGGCCCCACCGCUCAGCCCAGGCCGUUACCCCAGGCCCCGCUCUCCGGGGACGCCUGCUUCUACGAGAGGGCGUACGUCCAGCGGGAGGGCCACGCCCCGGAGUACCUGCACUGCGGUGUGUUCGGCGACCCCCACGUCCGCACGUUCGGCAACGAGUUCCAGACGUGUGCGGUGCCGGGAGCCUGGCCCCUCAUAGACAACGAAUAUCUGUACGUACAGGCCACCAGCUCACGGACCUCAGAGGACUCCCACGCCACUGCGCUCACCAAGAUCACUAUCAUUUUUAAGAACUGGCGGGAGUGCGCCGAGCAGCAGAUCUACCAGGCCGAGGUGGACAACGUCCCAGCAGCCUUUGCUGAUGGUUCCACCAGCACCGGGGAGCGGCGAGGCCAGCACAGCCUGCGGGUGCGCUCCCAGGACCUAGGGCGGCACGCGGAGAUAUGGGCGGCCCACAUCGGCACCACGCUGGUGGUGAGGCAGACCGGGCGCUCGCUGGGACUGGCAGUGCGCUCUCCACGCCCCAUCGCUGAGUCCUACACCCCCGAGCAGGACCUGCAGCUGUGCGUCUGGGGCUGUCCCACCUCUCAGCGGUUGAACGCGCCCCCCGCGUGGCCCUCUACGCCCGAGUACGCUCACUGCUUAUCACUGCUGCCAGAACAGGACGUUUACUUCCAGGCGUGUCUCUUCGAUGUGCUGGCCACAGGCGACAUGAACUCCAGCUUGUCUGCAGUUGAAGCCUUGGAGGAUGCCCGGGCCAUGAUCGCAAACCCCAAAAAGGUUCAUCUUGUAGCAGCUGCAGCGGACAGGAGCCCGAAAUGUCUCACUGCACUACUCACCACGUCUCUAUUUACAUUAAGACUCAUUCUGUGAAUGAGAUUACUGAUUAAUUCCUAAACGGCAGCUAUUCUGUCUGACAUCUUGAAGCCUGGAUGACUUGUCGCAGUACAUUCAAGUACAGUUGGUUAUAUAGUGAGCUGGAAUAUCAGCCAGCAAACUCGAGUGUUUUGUUAUUUUCUUGUUUACAUCAAUUCUUGAGCAGUGUUAUUGAAUUUCAGUGAUUCGCUCCCAGCAGGGGGCGCCACAGCAGAUCAGUUUUAAAAUCGCAUUAAACUUAACACUAUGCACCUUCUGUAUUCCUGAGCCCAGCCCGGGAUUCGAACCCUCUUAUCUUCAUUACACCACACCAGCUUACCACCAGUGUUAUAAAAUGUAAUAACUGUUCUUGUUUUUAUUGUUGCUAUGAUUUAAAUUUGAGUAUUUUUAGUAUGUACCUGAGAAGACAGUCUGGAACUGCUCUCCUAGGUAGGUUUUAUUAUCGUGUAUUUAAAAGUAAGUUAAAUUAGUGGAUUAAAUGUUUAAAUCUUAAAUAUUAAAAUGUUUAUGUUUUGUUUUAUGUUAAAAAGUUAAUAAUUUAGGUGCUCAGGAACCAGCAAUAAUGUAAAGGUUAAAAACAGUAUUAAAAUACUCAGCAAAAUGUGCUUUUACUGUUGAAAAUGUGCACAUGUAUGAAUACAAACACCUAAA